CAGGGUCAAAGUUACGAUCUGAUGCGGAGAGUGUGGUAGUUGAGAUUAAGCAGGAUAGACUAGCCGUUGGGGGCUUCACAGCGUCUCACUCGUUCAAGACCAACACGAAAGAAAACUACCACAACCGGCAUUCAAUCAUUGCGCAAGCUACGACCGCAACGUAACAGUGUGUUUAGGGCACCUUUUUUCGAUAUGCCGGUGCCACUCGGUACCUCGGGAAAUUUCCCGAGGCUAGGAUUCCUCGAGAACAUGGAGAUGGUCCGGCUGGCAGGCAAUGGUGAUUUCGAUGAUACUCACCAGUUCAUGAGCCGCCAACCAGCUUGGCAACCAGGAGCCCAGCUACCUUGGAAUGAAACAGAUGAUAUCUCCAAACACAAAAUUGCGGUUUAUUUUACGACAAGAGCAUAUGGAGGGCAUGUCUACAUUCAGGCGCCACUCGCUGCCGUGAAGGUUGUAGAGAGCGAAGACGAAACCGCCAAAGGGGCACCAAAUACGGGCAAAUUGGGUAUUCACACAAUACAAGGCGUAUUUACGAAUCCGGGGCAUGUAGACCGGCCUUUCAUUUACCAGGUUUCGAAACUUGCCGCUGGCCGCAGUUUUCAAACCUGUCUCAUCACUGCUCGCCAACCAAAACAACCUUCUUCCAAUCCUUCUGGUCCCUUCCCAGAGUCAGACUCAAAAUUGCCUCUAGGGCCUAUAUGCUUCAGCUGUCAUGUCACAUUCAAGCAGCCUGUACCGAGCUUUGCGGACUUGCAAUUAUCAUCAGCACAAGAACGCUUCGCAAGUAUCCUCGCCCAGAGAAAACCUGACGAAUGGCCAACAAGCCCGCAACUUGACAUUGAUAUAUUAAACGAUACAUUUCCGAAUGCCGGACAUGGUGGGUUUCCCAUCGUCGACAUGUACAAGGUUGACAUGAAACCGUACAACGCCAACAAACCAAUUCCCGAGCGUCGUGAACUACUAUUAUACAAACUGCACAAACCGAUUCCCGUAGAAGACACCAAUUCCCACAUCCUUGUUCACGCAUUCGAAGCAGACAGAAAUGGACUCUUGACAAUAAGCAACUAUCUUGGAUGGGGCUACAACUUGGGCGUCGCCGCGAGUCUAAGCUACACAUUCACCGUGCACGUCAACUCAGAAGAGGCCGUGAUGAGAGACGGGUGGUGGAUCCAAGAAGUAUGUUGGCCACGAAUCAGCGCCGGAAGAGCAACGCUGGAGAGCAGAAUCUGGAGUCCCGAGGGAAAACACGUUGCCAGCGGGUAUCAAGAUGGAAUUGCUGGGCCGGAUCAGAAGCGCGGGGCUGAGAAGUUGUAGGUUGGAGCUGGCGACAAGAUUUAUGCUUGCCUAAUGUUUAAUGCAUUUGAGAUGUAGCUCUUCACCCAUUUCCCAUAGAGUCCACCGCUUGGCGACUGCAUUAGAAGCUACUGCCGCCCAACUACUUUUGUCACAUUGCUUCAAUUCUCUCUAUCUUACAAAACUCGCCCUCUCAAAUCCCUUUCUAUCUGAUGCACCAUCCCACAGCCGCCUCAACAAGCAGCUUCGCGUAAAUCCGAUGCAACGCACCCGGCACGCCACCAAACGGAUCUUCCUUUGGCGUCGUCGUCACCGCGUCAAAAGUUAUGGCUUUGAGUCUAAACUCAGCCUGUUUACGCUUCUCAUUUAAUUCUGCUGUCAAGGAGAACAAGUUAUCCAGGUCUCGCGGUUUAAACGGAGAUUCCUUGGGUGCAGGGCAGCCGCGAAAUGUUAUUGACGUUGCUGAUUUA